AUGCUGUCGCCCUCGGCUGGAUCACUCGCGGCCGCGUCGAUGUUGCCAGCGCUGCUCGGCUUCUGGAAAUCCGAGUACGGUGUCAGCUACGCGUACGGCACUGCGACGUUUCUUUCCGGAAUACUUGUACUGCCAUCUGCAACCACGCGCAUCGCGACAGCGCAUGCAGCCUGCCUUGCGCUGUACGGGCUGAGGCUGAACGCCUUUCUGCUGUACCGUGAGCUGAGUAUCGCCCGCUUCCGUGAGUUCCGCGACAAGAUCGAGGCGCGCGCGCUCGAGAAGGGCGGCCGCCUCAGCAGGGCUCCCUUCAUCGCCUCGUGCGGCCUCCUCUACCUCGGGCUCGCCGCGCCGCUGAUGCUCACCGCGCCCGCCUCCGCCCCUCCCGCCCUCGCCGGGGCCCUCGUCUGCCUGAUGUACGCCGGCUGGCUCACCGCGGCGGCCGGCGACGCGUGGAAAUCUGUGGUCAAGGCUCGCAAGGGCGAGGACGCCCUCGUGACCGGUGGCCCGUUCCGCCACCUGCGACACCCAAACUUCAGCGGCGAGAUGCUGCUCUGGGGCGCUUGGCCGGGCAUCACGCUCCCGCAAAAGCAGUGGCCUGCUGUCGGCGGCAGCGCGGGCCCGCACCGCAUGGCCGGCCGCUGGCCGCCGCCAAGCCGAGCCCGUUAG